UGACUUUUGACCGGUUUAGCAAUUAGUUUUGUUGUUUUUAUUUACGAAUUGGUUCAUUUCUUGUUUAAUUUUUGGAAAAAUAAACAAAUUUUUAUAGUUUGAGCCCCCAUUUGUCACUUUAUGUUACGCCACUGCCGGGCAUUUGACAGCUAACUGACAUUUGACAACCUAACCUUUGUAUCUUCACCCAAAACCGUUUUAUCUCAGUAUUUCAGCACUUUCCACGCGAAAAUGUUAUACAACAGCCCUGCAAAUCGUCGAAUCCAAACCCUAUUUCGCAUUUUGACCAAUGUCAACCCCAUUUUGGGCAACAAUGUGCGUGCGUAUGUCUCGCAGGGCUCCGUCUCGAUUGGUGAAGUUACAAAGGUUAUAACCGAGGCUAAACGGCCCGAAUACGUCCCUUGUAACUACUAUAGGGACAAUUUGGGGCAAACCACGUUGAAUCAUCUCAAAUGGAUGAUGCAAAAGGACGUUUUAGGGCAGGAUAUCUUCCUUUUGGGGCCCCCGGGGGCCCUUAAACGCAACUUAGCCAUGCAGUAUUUGGAAUUGACCAAUCGGGAGCACGAGUAUGUGGCCCUUAGUAGGGACACCACAGAGUCGGACUUGAAACAAAGGAGGGAGAUUGUGAAAGGGACUGCGAUGUACUUUGACCAGAGUGCUGUGAGGGCCGCCACUGAAGGGCGAAUUUUGGUCCUUGAAGGGAUCGAAAAAGCGGAGCGAAACGUCCUUCCAGUAUUAAAUAAUUUACUAGAAAACAGGGAAAUGCAUUUAGAGGACGGCAGACUGCUUAUACCUGCCGCUAGAUACGAUAAAUUGUUGGAGCAAUAUGGGAGAGACGAGUUGGAUAAGUGGAAGUUAGUCAGAGUGGAUGAGAAUUUCAGAGUAAUUGCGUUAGGAUUACCUGUGCCUAAGUAUAGGGGGAAUCCAUUAGACCCGCCGCUAAGGUCACGGUUUCAAGCCAGGGAUGUGGGGACCAUGAGCUACCAAGAGUGCUACCAAGAAAUGAAAACGGCCGCCCCCACCGCCCCCGACUCGACAAUCACCAAACUUCUCUCGUGCGCUUUCGCAAUAUCAUCGAAAGAAAGCGCCGCUCUGGGAUUCCCCGACUUCCCCCUCGAUAAUCUCACCCUAGGUGCAAAAAUCCUCGAAAACAACCCCAAAUUAUCACCUUACGACCUCUUUUUCCGCCUAUACCCCUACAAGAUUUUCCUCAAAGAGCAAAUAACACAUUUAGAGUCACUUUUGGGGAGCUUUGACGUCACACCACAACCCCAAACAGCAUUUUCCUCUUUUACAAAAAAAAUAAAAUCGUUUUUGGAGACUCCAAACCCUCAAAAAACUUACAUCGAAACCGAAUAUCAGAAUAAAUUGAUUGAGGAAAUGUUACAGAGUGAGGAGAUUGCAGAUUUCUGUAUUAUCGGCCCGCGAGGCUGCGGUAAAAGCCUAUUAGUGCAACAAGUUGCCAACAUUGCGGGAAAAAAAACCGAAAAUAUAGUUUUAUACCAAGACAUGACCGCUAGGGACUUAAUCCAACAACGAACAACACUGGAAAAUGGCGACACUGUUUGGACUCUAUCGCCGCUAGUGUUGGCAGCACUGGAGGGGAAAAUCGCCAUAUUGGACGGAAUCCACCGAAUCCACCCGAGCACACUUUCGGUACUUCACCGAUUGGUCCAAAACCGCGAAUUGCAACUCCACGACGGCAAACGACUUGUCAGUCACCAGUCCUACCAACUGCUCAAAACCAAAUUCACUGACGCGCAACUCACCCAAAGCGGGGUUUUACCCAUUGACCCCAACUUCCGCAUUGUUGCAAUCGGGGAACCCCCGGAUUCGACCAAUUGGUUAACAGCGGAGGUUUUAAGCUUGUUUUUGUUCCACCAGGUCCGGACUUUAACCAAACAGGAGGAACUCCACAUUGUGACCUCCAAAUACGGCCCUGUGUCCCAACAAAUGCACAAAAUAAUCGAGUUGGCUCAUGUGUUACGUCACAGUGGGGAUCAAACUCUACUAAAUCUAGCAGGCCAUCUGUCAACGCGACAAAUAUUGAGACUAGCAGCAAGAAUGUCAAAAUUCCCCACUGGUCUCUAUGACGUCCUUGAAACGACUUUUAUGAUCAAAUUUUUGCCAUCAUUAGCACGGGAGGCUUUGGAACGCACAUUUGACAGGUUAGGUGUGACAAACCGGUCACGUGACCCGAUUAAUGUCAAAUGUGAGGUACAAAAUGGCGUCUUGACAAUUGGCCAAUCAUCGAUUCAGGUCUACCAAACGUCAAAUUUGUCUAAAGUCCCUGAAAUUUUAUUUUAUGACGUCCCCCAACACCUCCAACUCAUGGAGAAACUCCUCCAGGAUUUCCAUUUAGGUCAACACAUCCUCCUCGUGGGGAAUCAAGGAGUCGGGAAGAACAAGAUUAUUGACCGGUUUUUACAAUUAAUGAAUCGGCCACGUGAAUACAUCCAGUUGCAUAGGGAUACCACCGUUCAAACCCUAACAGUGCAGCCAACUGUCAAAGAUGGCGUUUUGGUGUAUGAGGAUUCGCCACUUGUCAAAGCUGUCAAAAACGGCCAUGUUUUGGUGGUGGAUGAGGCCGACAAGGCCCCCACUCACGUGACGUGCAUUUUGAAGAGUUUGAUCGAGUCGGGUCAGAUGGUACUGAGCGAUGGGCGCAGAAUCGCCCCAUAUGGGUCCCCACCCGACCAUAUCGCCAUCCAUCCCGAUUUCAGGGUGGUAGUACUGGCGAACAGGCCCGGAUUCCCCUUCCUCGGGAACGACUUUUUCGGGGCCUUGGGGGACCUCUUCAGCAGCCACUCGGUGGAAAACCCCGACGCGGACGCGGAAAUCACACUUUUGCGCCAGUACGGCCCUGGAGUCCCCCUGGAAACUGUCAAAAAACUCGUCAAACUCUUCGGGGAAUUACGCAAUAUGGCCGACCAAGGCCUAGUGUCAUACCCAUAUUCCACUCGUGAGGUUGUCAACAUUGUCAAACAUUUGAAUAAAUUCCCUGAUUCGGACCUGGACGAGGUGAUUUACAACGUGUUCGACUUUGAUCGGUACUCGUCGGAGGUCAUUGACACUUUGGGGGAAGUCCUGGAGAAGUAUGGUUUUCCGGGGGGGAAAACCCCGAAAAAGACAAAACCAAUUCAAGUGACCAUAAAUCGGGACAGUAACUUGGACGUGAGCGCUCCCAAGCACGGGAAGGAGGACCCAGAGAAUGACCCCCAUGUUGGGGGAAACACCUGGGCUGGGGGGAGUGGCGGUCGAGACACGGCGGGUCUGGGGGGGAAAGGGGGGCCCUACCGGCUCGACAAAGGCCACAAGGUGUACCAACUGUCCGAUGAGGAGAAAAACACAGUUCCUGAACACGUCCAAAGGGCGGCUCGUGAAAUGGGGCGCAGGGCGUUUCAGGAAAAACUGAAAGAAAUCGGGAUGAGUGGUUACGACGCCUCGCUUUACAACCAAUUCUACCACUCUGUUGAACGUCAAGUGCAGAGUUUAAGGGUGAUUUUGGGGAAUUUACAGGCGAAAAACAAGGAACGCCACUGGACUCGCCACCAAACCUCCGGGGAAUUGGACGAUGUGAAACUGAUCGACGGCCUCCUGGGGGAGAAGACAAUUUUCAGGAGACGCGCGGAGCAGGACCCCGAAAUGGGGGCCCCCCAAACCAAACCGAAGCUCUUCAGACUAGUCGUCGACGUUUCGGGGAGUAUGUAUAGGUUUAAUGGCUACGACGGGCGACUAGAUCGCGAGCUUGAAGCCGCUGUGUUGGUCAUGGAAGCGUUUCAAGGCUUCGCCGAUAAAAUCCAAUACGAUAUUAUCGGCCAUUCGGGCGAAGCGCCCUCUAUCCCCAUUGUCAAGUUGAAGGAACCCCCGAAAAACAACAAAGAACGAUUGGAUAUAGUCCGGAUCAUGCAUGCGCAUGCGCAGUAUUGUUGGUCCGGUGAUCACACACUAGAGGCCGCUGAGGAGGCGAUUAAUUCGCUCGCUGAGGAAGAUUGUGACGAGGGGAUUGUCAUUGUGCUUUCUGAUGCGAAUUUGGAACGGUAUAGUAUACCGCCAUCCAAGUUGGCUCAGGUUUUGACCUCGAAAGCUAAUGUUAGUGCCUAUGUUGUUUUUAUAGGGGGGUUAGGGGACCAAGCUGAGAGAUUAACGCAAAAAUUGCCAGCUGGACGUGCUUUUAUCUGUCGAGACGUCACACAAUUGCCCCAAAUCUUGAAACAAAUCUUCUCCUCGUCGGUUAUCAAUAUAUGAGGGGGUGGGUAGGGGUAAACGAAUUUUAAUUGUAAAUAUGUAUUAAGAGAAAUAUAUUUUAUUAUUAAAAA